AUGCCAAUUGAUGAGACGGACGACAACACAGACGAAGGAGCUGACUUUGACAUGAGUGAUCAUUCGAGCGACGAUUUGAGUCAUCGCUCUAUCGACGACACAGACAACGGUGCAUGUAGGCUUGAGGAGUGGGACUUCAAUGCAGAUGAUGAUGGCAGUGAUGACGAAACUUCAUGA